AUGCCCCGCACCAGUUCACGCGCCAAGACGGCAUCCCCGCCGUCGCCGCCGGAGGCGGCGGCGGCGGCGACCGGUUCCCCGCAGCGCACCCCUGUGCCGUCCCCAUCCACCUCCCCCCACGACGACAGCGCCGGAUCCCUCGACCUCAAGAAACCCGUCGCCGUGCCUCCCCGACACAGCCUGCGCCUCGCGGGCGCCGCCCUCCGCCUCGGCCUCGGCCCCGCCUCCCCCGAUGACGACGACGACGUCGGCGCAGGAUCCCCCAACCUCAGCCCCCCCGCCGCCGCGCCUCUCCGACGCAGCCUGCGUCUCGCGGGCGCCGCCGCGGGUAGUCCGAACACUCCCUCCGCGCGAGACGGCAGUUCCUCCGGCUCCGGCUCCGGGUCCGGGUCGGGCGCGGGCGAGAAGAGGGCGGGGAGGUCCCGUGCUCGAGUCUCCGGCUCUUCGCUUGCUACUACCGUCUCGCCAAGGACCGGGAACUCCAGUAGCUAUGGCGGUGGGUCGGGGGCGGAUAGGGCUUUGGCGAGCGGCGACGGUUCUGGCGGUUCGGAUCCGUUCACGACCCUGCGGUCACUGUCUCGGAUCAGGAAGCGGCGGAUGGAGGCAGGCGGAGAGGUGGGGAGUGGGUCGUCUCGUUGA